AUGCACGUUGAGGGUGCCCCGGAUUUCAUAACCCUCGAGGUGAAGGAGGACACCGCAGCUUCUAUGUUGGCCGUCUAUGAAGAUUUGCAACCUAAACUUGAACUCCCAAGGCACAAGCUGCUUGGUAUGUUUACCGCAACAACAGCCUCCAGCGUCCCUGUGACUUUGCCUAUUGUCCGACUUGGUUGUCAUGUAGUUUUGAAGGAACAGAUGAUUCCUACCAGUGAAAAUACAAACUAA